AUUUGUUCAUUGAUCCUCUCAAGCCAGCCAGAUGUUGUUGCAACACUACUCAGAUUCCUACUCAACUGUAAAGUUGGCAAUAAUCAGUACCUUGCCACCGAGCGGCCAAAUAGAUCUUGCGUCCAUCUUAGAAUGCGACAUGUAAUACGAGUAGUGAUAUUAGUCAAUUGCCCCCUCCCUUGACCAACUGCGACAAACAAGUCCCAGUGCCAACUUUCUGUACCUAGCACACACAUGAUCCAUUCAUUGAGACAUGGCCAAAGGGACAUGCCGUUUGAGGCACAAUACCAAAAAAGGGUAGCUAAGUGAGAUUUUGCUGGACAAGCAAGAUACAGCAGGCAUCCCAUCCAAACGAUAAUAAAAGCACACACUGGCUUUGCCCCUCUCCUGGGCUCUGAGACUUGUAUUUUCUUUCUCUUUCUGUUUGAUAUGUCAGCCAGCCAAACCAAACUGAAAGAGGCAAAAAAAAAAAAAAAGGUUCGUCCAUUCUUUGCAGGUCUGGUGCUUCAGGAGGAAGGCACUGUCCCCACUCGGCAGGGCAGCAACUGUCAGGAACGCGCUAAAGGCUCAAGCCUCUCCCGGUGGCAGUAGCAGACCUCAGAACAGGCCCAACCCAAGGGCUCUGGACGGUGACGUGCCUAUCACAUCCCUCCAAACCCCCGCCUAACCCACUAAAGUCCUUGCGAAUUUUCCCUUUUAAAAUCAUUUUCCCCUCCAUCCGCCUGACUUUGACGCAUCUGCACUGCCGGGACGCUCAUCUUUUGCCUCCCUUCUUCAUUUUCUUCUGUGCACUCUGCAAAUUCACAUUUGCGCGCAACAUCACUCCCUAUCCCAAAGGAUUCCUUACACACUCAAGCAAAUAGAAGAGAAACCACCAACAAGAGACUGCGCCUUUCGCACACGACAUUCACUAUGGCGAGCGUCGAUGUUGCUGCCCUUGGCGCCGUCCCUACCAAUGGAGGGGCAACCGCAGCUUCCCACCCCUACACCUGCAACACCUGCACUGUUGCCUACAGAAACAUCGAUCUUCAGAGAGGCCAUAUGAAGAGCGACUGGCACCGAUACAACCUCAAACGCAGAGUUGCCUCCCUUCCCCCCAUCGCCUCCGAGGUCUUCAACGAAAAGGUCCUCCAGGCCCGCGCCGUCCAGAACGCUGAGGCCGAGAAGGCCUUGUUCGAACGCACCUGCGAUGCUUGCCAGAAGUCGUACUCGAGCGAGAAUGCCUAUCAGAACCAUCUCACGAGCCAGAAGCACAAGGUCCGUGUCGCCGCCAUUGCUAGACGCAAGGGUGGCGUCGCCGAUGAUGCCAGCUCUGUUAUGAGCUCUACCUUUUCCCUUGGCGAGCCCAUUGCUGUCGACAAGGAGAACGAGUUGGACUCUGAGGCCGAGGAGGAAUUCACCCAGGUUGUCGAGGGUCUCAAGAAGACCAACAUCCACGAGCACCAUGACGAGCGUCCCUCGCCCGUCAAGCGCCCCUCAAACCCCCACUUGUCUGCUCAGGGUCAGCGCGCCAGCGAUGAUGCCUCCAUCAACCGCGAGUCCGACUCCACCACCCCCGUUCCCUCGAAACCCGAGAUCGCCUGGACCCUCAAGUCCUGCCUUUUCUGCAAUUACGAGUCUCCUACUGUUCCCCUCAACGCCAACCACAUGGAGCGGUUCCAUGAUAUGUUCAUUCCAGAGAAGCAGUAUCUCGUUGACCUCGAGGGUCUGCUGCAGCACCUGCAGGAGCGCAUUCACGAGGGCCAUCAGUGCUUGUACUGUUUCAAGACCAAGAAGACGGCCUUCGCCGUGCAGACCCACAUGCGUGACAAGGGUCAUUGCAAGAUUCCCUACGACACCGAGGAGGUCCAGCUCGACAUUGGUGACUUCUACGAUUUCCGCAGCACGUACUCUGACGGCGAGGAGUCGGACGACGAGGAGGAGGCCGACCAGAAUGGCGGGGCCAAGCUCGGUCUGAAGCGCCCGACCAAGCUGGUCGGUGAUGAUGGCGAGGAGGUUGAGGAGGGUGUAGAGGAUGGCUGGGAGACUGACAGUUCGGCUUCUUCUCUCGACUCUGCCGAUCUGACGGCCUUCACUGCGGACGGUCGAUACGAGCAGUUUGAGCGCCUCGACAAGCACCCUCACCACUCUCGCGACGACCCGCGUACCCGUCACCAGGUGGAUGGUUGGCACUCGCAUGCCCACAAGCACACCCGUGCCGUCUUCUACGACGAAUACGAGCUGCAUUUGCCCUCUGGUAAGGCAGUCGGUCACCGCUCCCAUAACCGAUACUUCAGACAGAACCUUCACAACUACCCCACUGCCGAGGAGCGCGAGGAGCGCCUGGCCAUUGAGGCCGGCUCUGGCGACGAGAUGGAUGUGGAUGGCAGAGAGGUUGCCACCACCGGUGACCGCAAGACUCGCAACCGUGCUGUGGCUCGUAGAGACGCUGCGGGCAUGGCUGGUGCGACGGACAAGCAGAAGCGUGCCGUCCGACAGGAGGAAGUCAGAGGUCGGAGCACCGCCACCCGUUUCCAGAAGCGCUACGACUACGGAGUCAGCGCGAAGCUCAACAACCAGAAGAACCACUACUACAGAUACCUUGCGGGAGGUUGAUCAACUCGCCCGUUUGGUGCAGAGGGCGUUGGAUGGGGUUGGCUUUUGGUUUUAUGGAAUUACGUGGAACUAUUAAAGGAAUCGGCAUGCAUGAUGAAACUUUGAUGAGCCAUGCAUAGGCAAGAUAGAUUAAGUAGAGGCUGAAUUGAAGUCAAGUCUUUC